AUGUGCAGCUUUUUUAUCCCCAUGCAUCUAUCCCUUGCUAAGCUUAGAAACAUCAUUAGAUACGCAACGUCAGUUCCCUCGCCAACAACCACAAGAACAUUUGCGCCUGCCUAUUCAAAAGCUGCCAAGCUUUUGACCACAAGCCUUUCCACAUCCACCUGGGGUAGCUGGCUUCCUGGGCAGACUAUCAUCAGCGCUACCGAUACUGCCGAUCCUUAUGGACAAGCAGCAUGGUCAUCAAUGUGGCUACAUGCUAAUCUUCAAAAUUAUACUACAACCGGUCUUCUUUCCACCACCGUUCACCCUACUCCUGUCCCCACCAGUGAACUUGUUCUCCCACCAGCGGACUACUUUGGCCCCAUAGAUUGCUAUGACUUUCCCGAAGACUUUGUGUUUGGCGUGGCUGGUAGUGCCGCCCAAAUUGAAGGUGCAAUCGCCCUCGAUGGCCGUUCGCCUUCGCUCCUGGAGAAACUGAUCACGGGGGACAAGCCAAAGGACUACGUCACCAAUGAGAAUUAUUUUCUAUACAAGCAAGACAUCCAACGGUUGGCAGCCAUGGGCGUGGAGUACUAUAGUUUUACUAUUCCAUGGACACGGAUCUUGCCCUUCGUCUUUCCCGGCACUCCCGUGAACAAGCAAGCCAUUGAUCACUACAAUGACCUGAUCAAGACUGUUCUUGAUGCUGGAAUGCAACCUGUUGUGACGAUGCUUCAUUUUGACAGUCCACUCAUGUUUGUCGCUAGUGAUAACAUAACGAGACAUCCUGAUAUUGGGUAUAACAAUGCUGGCUAUCAGAAUGAAACAUUUGUUGAUGCAUUUGUCAAUUAUGGAAAAGUGCUACUGACGCACUUUGCUGACCGUGUACCGAUCUGGGUUACAUUCAACGAACCCCUCCUCUACGCCUUUAAUUUCCAGGGAGUUGAUAAUGUCAUCAAUGCUCACUCCCAGGUCUAUCACUUUUAUCACGAUGAACUUAAAGGCACGGGUAAAAUGGGACUUAAAUUCAACGAUAACUUUGGUGUGCCCAAAAAUCCGAUGAAUUCAACCCACGUCCAAGCUGCCAAUCGAUUUCAAGAGAUGCAACUGGGCAUCUUUGCGAACCCAAUCUUUCUAGGCCAUCAAUAUCCAGAUUCCGUGCUUCACACUCUACCGGGGGCCAGACGACUCAAUGACUCAGAAUUAACCUAUCGGAAUAACACAGCAGAUUUCUUCGGCAUUGAUGCAUAUACGGCUACAGUGGUAUCUCCUGCCGAAGAAGGUAUCAAUUCUUGUGCUUCCAACUUGUCAACCUCCAACUCUCUAUUUCCAUAUUGUGUCAACCAAGAAACCACAAACAUCUAUGGAUGGAACAUCGGAUAUCGGUCGGAGUCUUAUGUGUAUAUCACACCAACCUAUCUCCGGGAAUUUCUUUACGAUAUUUACAACACGUGGAAACACCCCAUCAUCCUAUCCGAGUUCGGCUUUCCAGUUUAUGGCGAGGCGACCAAAGAGCUACCGGAUCAAUUAUUUGACUCACCUCGUAGCCAAUACUAUCUCGCCUUCAUGUCUGAAGUUUUAAAAUCGAUAUAUGAAGACGGGGUCGAAGUUAUCGGUGCUCUCGCCUGGAGUUUCGCUGACAAUUGGGAGUUUGGAGACUAUUCGCAGCAGUUUGGCAUGCAGGUUGUAAACCGCACCACUCAGACACGAUACUACAAGAAGAGCUUUUUCGAUUUGGUGGACUUUGUCAAGACUCGACAACCUUCUGGGUAG